AUGGAUUUAGUGAAGGUACGACCCCAAACCACUCCCUGUGAAGCCAUGGAUUUAGUGAAGGUACGACCCCAAACCACUCCCUGUGAAGCCAUGGAUUUAGUGAAGGUACGACCUCAAACCACUCCCUGUGAAGCCAUGGAUUUAGUAAAGGUACGACCUCAAACCACUCCCGGUGAGGCCAUGUAUUUAGUGAAGGUACGACCUCAAACCACUCCCUGUGAAGCCAUGGAUUUAGUGAAGGUACGACCUCAAACCACUCCCUGUGAAGCCAUGGAUUUAGUGAAGGUACAACCUCAAACCACUCCCUGUGAGGCCAUGGAUUUAGUGAAGGUACGACCCCAAACCACUCCCUGUGAAGCCAUGGAUUUAGUGAAGGUACAACCUCAAACCACUCCCUGUGAAGCCAUGGAUUUAGUGAAGGUACGACCUCAAACCACUCCCGGUGAGGCCAUGGAUUUAGUGAAGGUACGACCCCAAACCACUCCCUGUGAAGCCAUGGAUUUAGUGAAGGUACGACCCCAAACCACUCCCUGUGAGGCCAUGGAUUUAGUGAAGUAUGUGGAUGUACUCAACCUUCGAUAA